GACGAAUUUUGUAUGGAUAAAUGUACAUUUAGAGUAGCAUUUAGAGCUAAAUGCGCUAAAUGUACAUUUACGCGUAAGCAAAAACAGCCCAUAAGUUAGUUAGAUUUUAGAAAAUUGGAAAUAUCGAUUGCAACAUUCAAUUUUGAACCGAUUGAUGUUUCGAAAACAUCGAUGCAUCGUUAGCAUCUUAAGCUAGUUAAAAGCUAUUUGUUUUUGUUUUGUGCACACAACAUUUUAAAAUGGCUGCAGCGCUGGUGAGGAUAAACUUUCUUCAAAAACAGCAAUUUGCAUUUGUCAGUUUGCCUGUUGUGACACAACUCCGUUUGCAAAGCACAAGUACUACACCGCCCGGUACCCCGCCUACUCAAACAAGAACUAAGUUUGGACCUCUUGCCGAUCAAGAUCGCGUUUUUACAAAUUUGUAUGGACGUCAUGAUUGGCGAUUAAAAGGGGCGCUUAAACGCGGAGAUUGGUAUAAGACAAAAGAAAUCUUGCUAAAGGGCUCCGAUUGGAUAGUCAAUGAAUUGAAAACAUCUGGUUUACGUGGUCGCGGAGGAGCUGGCUUUCCCUCAGGCAUGAAAUGGUCAUUCAUGAAUAAGCCAUCUGAUGGACGUCCAAAAUACUUAGUCGUGAACGCCGAUGAAGGGGAGCCUGGUACUUGCAAGGAUCGUGAAAUAAUGCGUCAUGAUCCUCAUAAACUUGUGGAAGGUUGCUUAGUCGCUGGUCGUGCUAUGGGUGCACGUGCUGCGUACAUAUAUAUUCGUGGAGAAUUCUACAAUGAGGCUUCAAAUAUGCAGUUAGCUAUUGCCGAGGCAUAUCAAGCCGGUUUAAUUGGAAAAAAUGCCUGUGGUUCCGGAUAUGACUUUGAUGUUUUCAUGCAUCGUGGAGCAGGCGCAUAUAUUUGUGGAGAGGAAACUGCGUUGAUCGAAUCGCUCGAAGGCAAACAAGGAAAACCUCGUCUAAAGCCUCCAUUUCCAGCUGAUGUUGGCGUUUUCGGAUGCCCCACUACUGUCAACAAUGUGGAAACCAUCGCAGUUGCUCCCACAAUUAUGCGGCGGGGAGGUGCUUGGUUUGCAAGUUUUGGACGAACGCGUAACUCUGGAACAAAACUGUUUAAUAUAUCUGGACAUGUAAAUAAGCCAUGUACAAUUGAAGAGGAAAUGUCGAUUCCACUUAAAGAACUUAUUGAACGUCAUGCUGGAGGUAUUCGAGGUGGAUGGGAUAAUUUGCUUGGAGUUAUUCCUGGCGGCUCAUCAACGCCCGUUAUUCCAAAAAAAGUUUGUGAUGAUGUUUUAAUGGACUUUGACGGAUUAAUUGCUGCUCAGACGUCAUUGGGUACAGCUGCCCUUAUUGUUAUGGAUAAGUCUACGGAUAUUAUUAAGGCCAUUGAGCGUUUGACUGCGUUUUAUCGCCACGAAAGUUGCGGUCAAUGUACACCAUGUCGCGAAGGUAUUAUGUGGAUGCAUAAAAUCAUGAAACGCUUUGUUGCUGGAAAUGGUCAAGCCGAAGAAAUUGAUAUGCUGUGGGAGAUAUCCAAACAAAUUGAAGGGCAUACGAUUUGUGCAUUAGCUGAUGGCGCGGCUUGGCCUGUACAAGGCCUUAUACGGCAUUUCCGACCGGAAAUCGAAGCGCGAAUGAAAAAAAAUUCCGUCAGGGCAGUAAAUUAAAUAAAAACACUUUUUGAUUAAUACCUACACAUUUGCUUGAAAGUAUGCAUAACUUUACGUAUUUUGUUGGCGAGAAAUAAAAAAUAUAUUCUCAAUAUCGCUGUUCCCAUUCAAACCGAA